CUGAGCUGGCGGCCGGCGAGGGGGGCGGGGACCGACCCGGAGCGCGACCCCGAGCCCCGCCCACCCUCAUGGCGCGGCACGUGUUCCUGACCGGGCCCCCAGGGGUUGGAAAGACAACAUUGAUCCAGAAAGCCAGUGAGGCUUUAAAAUCCUCCGGUGUGCCUGUUGAUGGAUUUUAUACAGAAGAAGUCAGACAGGGAGGGAGAAGAAUUGGAUUCGACGUGGUCACGUUGUCCGGCCCUCGGGGGCCUUUGUCAAGAGUGGGGUCGGAGCCCCCGCCUGGAAAGCGCCAGUGCCGAGUUGGCCAGUACGUGGUCGACGUGACUUCCUUCGAGCAGUUGGCACUGCCCGUCCUGAGGAAUGCUGACUCCCGUGGUGGCCCAGGGUGGAGAGUGUGCGUCAUCGACGAGGUUGGGAAGAUGGAGCUCUUCAGCCAGCCUUUCACCCAGGCUGUCCGGCAGAUGCUGUCCGCCUCAGGGACCACCGUCCUUGGCACGAUCCCGGCCCCGAGAGGGAAGCCGCUGGCCUUCGUGGAAGAAAUAAGGAGCCGAGACGACGUGCGGGUGUUCCACGUCACCAAGGAGAACAGAAACCACCUCCUACCGGACAUCGUGACGUGCCUGCAGAGCGGCCGGAAGUGAGGCCGGAGCGCCGCUCCCCCCAUGUGAGCGAGUGCCCAGUGGGCCGUGCCCAGCACUCGACGCGUUUCCCAUAAAACGUGCAGUGAUCAGAUUGGCGUCGGCGCUGAACCGGUUGACAAGAUGAACGGCCGACCUGCUUGGUUUCCGCACGGAGACGGCUGUUUAUCCCUCUUGUAGUUGUGCGCAUGAUUUGGGUAAAUUAUGAAACGGGAAAUGGUUUUCCGAGUAUUAGAAGGAACGCGCCCCCAGUGGGGUUAUAAAUGUGUUCGGGGGGACCCGGGGGACUCGCUGCCUUCUCAGUUCCGCACCCCGUGAAAAUGAAAUUCCUCUCCAGGUGCAGCAUGGGUCUCACGCAACCCGGAGUGAUGUUAUUUCAUUUGAAAACAUCAUCAUUUCUAAAGAAAACCAUUUCAUGCCCCCA